AUGGACAGGACACUGCUGCCCUUCCAGUCCCGGCCCCCUCUCCCCUCCGGCUCGCCCUCCGCCGCCAGCCGGUUCGCCCGCCACCCGCAAUCGCCGCUCUUCCGUCUCGCCAUCGCCCGCCGCCCGCCCCUCCUCGCACCCGGAUCGACCUCCUGCAGCACUGGCCUCCAUCCCCGGCCACCCACCCCCUUCCAUGCUCGGCGUUCCGACCAUCUGGCCCAGCAGCCGUCUGCCUCCCACACCCGCUCCUUCUCCUACGGUAAGCAGCCACUGCCGGCCCAUUCCCAAACUGACCCUCGCCUGCUCAAGUGUUUGUUGUCAACAGACGACCAGUCCCUGGCUAAGGACCGCACCAUGGGAUCGUCAGCUUACACCGACCUUGACGAAGAUAUCAUCGGUCGGUCGGUGUCCAGUCAUCGCUUGGAUCCGGCUUGUUCGGAAUCGAGCAGAGUGGGUGUCCCCGAUCAUCCAGCCCAGCCCCUCAGCCUCCCCCCAGCCCACCAGCGCUCUCUCAGUGUUCCGGCCACUCCGGUCGACCGGAGCCCCGCCCGGGUGCGCUUCGAGCGAGCGAUGGCCGGAGGAAGCGACCGGCUGGCUGACCGGAGGCCGCCGGAACGGCCGAGCAGCCCCGGCGCCACCCCGACCAACACCACCGGCUCGCCGGCUUCGACCGAGCUGCCCGCCGGCCCAUCGGCAGGCGACCUCUACCAUCCACUCCCACCCGAUGCUAUCGAUAGCCAACACUCAGCCCGGCCAUCCAGUCCUCACCCGCAGCCACCUCCGCCGCCGUCGGGCCCGAGUACCACCACCCUCGGCGACAAUCAGCAGCCGGAUGUGAAGUCUACCCAUCAGCAGCUUCCCCCAUCUACCACGCCCACCGACCUUCCGCCGCAAGUGUUCCCUGGAAAACUCAAUCCCCUGCUGCCGCCCCCAGCCCCCGCACCCAGAUCAGCCCGCCAGAUCAGCUUUCCACGCCCGUUCAGGCGCAGCUUGUCCCUCGAGCCCUCCGCCGUCCAGCUCCCCCCAUCCCCACCACCCGAGUUUGACUUCAGUUCAUUCGACAACCCGCCCGCCCACUCUGCUUCUUCCUCGCUGCUGUACAGCCUCUUGGACGAUUCACCUUGCAUGUCUAAUCAUCACUCGACCAAUCACGACCUAUCCGGCCGCCCACUGAUAGAUCUGACUGAUGGGCCAGAAGAGCCGACCGGCACCGGGAAAAGCCAACGCGCUCCUCAUGACCGCCAACGCCCCACUCGAACACCAUUCAGCCAUUUCACUCCACUAAGCUCCCCAGUGAUCUCUGAAAGACCAUUCCUCUCCUCUGUCCUCUCCUCCCCUCCAACCGAAUACAUUCCUAGCCGGUAUCGGAACAGGCCUGAGGAGCUAAGCCAGCAUUCCCCGCGACAGAAUCAGAACGAAAUAGGUUCCGAGUUAUCCGAGAUACUCCGAAGCUUAGAUGAGAGUAUCUCCAAUCGUGAACCCACACAGAAAACAGCACCAGUCGGGGAGCAUUCUCCCUCCCGCAGGUCGACUCCUCAUCAACCAUCUUCGGACCACACUGCUUCAGGGCCAACUGAGAGACAAACUGCUCAUCGCUCAGCUAGUCAUACUCCCCGCAACCAAUCCUCUUCUCGAGGGCAUUCGAAGCCGGCCUCAUUCCCCCCCUCCCCCGCGCCAGUGGACCGUGCCCCUACUGCAACAGUGGCUUCCUCCAAGCGUUCCCAUAGUCGGGCGCCCUCAGUACAUUGGUCGGUCCACCACUCCCCGGCCGCUAGAUCUGGAACCGAGCCAUUAACAGAGGAAGCCCUUCGACUUCAUCAGUCGAGUGAGCAAAUCCUUUCGGGGAAGAGUCUCCCCCGCUCACAAGCGGGGUCGGGAAGACCAGGAGGAGAUGUUGCAGCCUCGCCGCGACCGACGGACGUCGAGAGUCGAGUGACCCGAUGGGAGGCGGGCGAGCCGAAGGAUGAGGAGCUAGCCAGUCUGGUCGAGUCCAUCAAUCAACGGAACGAGGCGCGGAGCCAGGAGCUCACCGGCCUGCUGCGUGCCGUCUCGCGCGGAAUCCAGGAGCACGAUCGGCUGGCCGAGGCAGAGACGGCGAUGGUCCGGGAGCUGAGCCGGUCCCGGCAAAGCCAGCUCGGCCGGGGCUCGCCGAGAGAUUUGGGUGAGUUGGCCGGCGAGGAGUGUGGGGGAUCACAGUUCAGUGCGCCUUUCGGCUCUCCCGUUAGGACCUUGCACCAGCCGACCAGCAUCCGGGACGGCACCUUCUCGCCGGCACUCGAGCCGCUGAGUCAUCUCCAUUCACACCGACCUUCCCUAGCGGGUGACAUGACGACCAACAUACGCGAGGCUUCGGUCGCUGCUAGUCUACAUGCCCAGUCGCUCAUGGACAACAUCCGAGCCUCGAGGGCUUCAAGUAUACGUGCUAGUGUCAGAGCCGCCGAGAUGGCUUCGAAUGGGCCAGCCGGGCAGGAUGACGCUCCGAAGCCUGGCUCAGUCGCGGGCACGGCUAAGGCGGCAUCGGUGGCGGGAACGGCCAAGGCGGCAUCUGUGGCGGGCACGGCUAAGGCAGCAUCGGUGGCGGGAACGGCCAAGGCAGCAUCGGUGGCGGGAACGGCCAAGGCGCCUUCUGCCGCAGGAACAGUCAGGGCGCCGUCUGAAGCAGGAACGGUCAGGGCGGCAUCAGUGGCGGGCAGCACAAAGGCACGCUCGACUCGAACGGCCGCCAGUCUGCACGAACCCUCGGCCGCCCCACAACCCUCCGCACCGGCAAGCCGUGCCCAAUCCAUCGCACCCAGUCAACCGGGCACUAUGGCUGCCCCCAGCAACCACACGCAAUCCCGCGCUCCAAGUGUACGCGACCCCUCCCGCGCAGCAAGUUUACGCGAGCCAUCAGUAGCCGGCAACUCUCAGAAUCCUGGGGCUGCCGGAAGCGCCAAGGCACCAUCGGUCGCGGGAACUGCUAAGGUCGGAUCGGUCGCGGGAAGCGUCAAAGCGCCAUCAGCUUGUGGGACUCCCAAAGCCGGAUCGAUUGCAGCAGCAUCUGUCGAAACGGGCUCGGUGGCGGGAACGGCCAAGGCACCAUCCGUGGCGGGAAGCAGAGCCGGAUCGGCAGCAGGAACCGUCAAAGCGCCGUCCGUGGCGGGAAGCGUGCGUCCUGGGACGGUGGCUCCGAGUGUGCGGGCUCCAACGGAAGUGGUCGAGGAGCAAGAAGCGCCGCCGGCCAGCGAGCGUGCGGAAUCGGUUGCCCCUCCAACUGCGGCCGACGAGGAAGCAGCCGGUGGGGACGGCGGAGAAGGGGGAGGGGACGGAGGGGAGGGAGAGGCUGCUCCGGCUGACGAUGCGCCCGGCGAGGAACAGCCGGCUGGCGAUGACCCUCCCGCACCUGCCGACGACACCCUCGUCAAAUCGGGACCACCCACUCUCGUUGGCACUCUUGCUGGAGAAAUCAUCGGUGGAGACCAGCCAGUCCAGGAAGAAGAUGGACACAGCGAAUGGAUCCGCUUCGGCCGCGCCGGAUUCAAGUUCCACAUCCUCGACCCCAGCCCUCCUCCUGAACUCGACGACGCUGCCGCCAAACUGCCCUAA